AUGUGUCAUUACUGCAACAAAAUGAAGACACCAAGUGUAGUAAAAGUGUGGAAACUAGGUCUGACUUCAUAUGACACGGCAUUCAAGAUCCAGCAUACAUUGUCUAGGAGACAUUUAGAUUCUAUGCUGAAAGGACACAGCCAGGACGAUAACCACGACACUCUGUUAUUGGUGGAACACAAGCCUGUCUACACUGUAGGUAUCAGAGAUGAUACUUCUAAACAAGAGAUUGAUAGAUUAAAAGCCUUGGGUGCAGAUUUUAAAAAAACUAACAGAGGUGGUCUAAUAACGUUCCAUGGUCCCGGUCAGCUAGUUGCCUACCCAGUCCUCAACCUAAAACAUUUCUAUACAAGUGUGAAGUGGUACGUCCAGAGUUUAGAAGAAUCUGUGAUCAAAUUGUGUGAUCAACUUGGCAUAAAAGCAGUUCGGUCACCUUAUACAGGUGUCUGGGUGGACGAUAACAAGAUUGCUGCUAUUGGCAUUCAUGCGUCACGGUAUGUAACAACACACGGUAUAUCACUUAACUGCAACAACGAUUUAUCUUGGUUCGACCAUAUAGACCCAUGUGGAUUUGACGACAAAGGUGUCACUUCGAUUACCAAAGAGACUGGUCUCGAUUUCUCCGUUGAAAAAACUAUGCCACUGUUCAUUAAACACUUUGAAAAGGCCAUAGGGUGUACAUGUGAAGAUUUAAGCGCGAAGGAACAAGAGCAGAUAUUGAGUGUAGUUUAUACAAAAUUGAUGUCACAAAAUACGUCGUAAUUUUUGUUACGUUAUUUUGAAAAUCUUGUGAUAUUCACUGCCGCAUAACUGACAUUUUUAUCCUUACCGA